AUGGACCCUGCCAAGCCUGUAGUGGCUGUUUUGUAUCAGGCUCUGCCGCCACCCAUGUACGGUGGUGUGAGUAAGCCACCCAAACCAGGAGGUUAUCGUGAUUCAGGCGCUGAUGUCGCUUAUACUCUGCAAUCUGCAGGGACCACCGUGCUGACACCGGUGGAGUCGCCAGACCCUGCGAAUCAGAAUCAUUGGUGCUUCCCUGAUACUGAGGAAGGAAUCAUGAAGGCCACUCAAAGAGGUGCUACCCAUCUUUGGGCUAAUACCGUUCUUUUCGCAGAACAUCCGUUGCAGACUUCGCCCUUGUUAAAGGAGUAUGAAUCCAGCAUCCGCGUUAUUGCCCAACCGCCGCUUUGCGCAGAUCAAUUCGAUGAUAAGUCUUUCACGAAUGAUUUGCUUCGAAAGCGUGAGGAUCUGACGUUGCCAAAGUCGUGGACUGUUGACGAUCCACGAUCGUCGGAUGAGGUGACUGGCCACACACAGAAAGAGAAACAAGUCCAGGAUACCUUGACCCAGGUGCUGAGCUCUAUCCAGGAAGAUGAUUAUCCCAUUGUUGCGAAGCCGGUUCGUGGACGGGGCAGUCAUGGUGUGAAGAUCUGUCAUGAUGCGACGGAGCUUUCCGAGCAUGUUGCGCGGUUAUUCGAUGAAUCACCGCGGGUUUUGCUGGAGGAGUAUUUGACAGGUGAAGAAGGCACUGUUACCAUUCUACCACCGUGGACCACCUCUACCCCUGGAUUUGAAUUCUCAGGCCAGCAUUCCGCGCACUGGACUCUACCCCCUGUCACUCGCUUCAACCAUGUUGAUGGUAUUGCGCCGUACAGUGGCAAGAUCGCUGUGACAGUGAAUUCUCGUGCAGUAACCGCAGCAGAGAUGGAAGCGGAUCCAGCAUAUGGACAGAUCAUGAAAGAAUGUGCGACUGUGGCUGGUCUACUAGGGACCACUGCACCCCUACGUAUUGACAUCCGACGAUUCAGGCCGGGAUCGAGAUUUGCUUUGUUCGAUAUCAACAUGAAGCCGAAUAUCACUGGCCCCGGCCGCCCUGGCCGAGACGACCAAUUAAGUCUCAUGGGAUUAGCCGCCGAGAGUAUAGGUAUGAACUAUACUGGUUUCUUGCAGUACGUACUGGGGUCUGCGCAGAAGCUCGUUGAUCUUCGCAACUUCAGUAGUACAUUACUUGACAAAUCAGAUUAA